ACCAAAGCCACUUAACAUAGAGAGUCGCACAUGGUCAAAUCUCGCAAGAAAGAAGAUCUCUGCAACAUCCUCCACCUUCUCUCUCUCUCUCUCUCUACAAACACAUUUCAAUUAUUAUUCUUCGCCCCUAAAAUCCACAUUUUUCAUCAGAUUUCAGAUGUUCCAUAAUCUGAGUGGAAUAUACGUGAAAUAAGUAUAAUAAUUUAUUGACUUGAAUCAACUCAAAAUGGCUUCUGAUGGAGCAGCUCCUGCAGCAGCAGCUGGAGAAGUUAUUGGCAAACUGCCAAAGGAAAUCAGUGAGAUGAAAAUUAGAGAUGACAAGGUGGAAAAGGAAAUGGAGGAAACAGUUGUGGAUGGAAAUGGUACUGAAACUGGACACAUAAUUGUUACCACAAUUGGAGGUAGAAAUGGUCAACCAAAGCAGACAAUAAGCUAUAUGGCUGAGCGUGUCGUUGGCCAGGGUUCUUUCGGAAUCGUAUUUCAGGCGAAGUGCUUAGAAACUGGAGAAGCUGUUGCAAUUAAAAAAGUGUUGCAGGAUAAACGAUACAAGAACCGUGAAUUGCAAACAAUGCGGCUUCUUGAUCAUCCCAACAUUGUUUCUCUCAAACAUUGCUUCUUUUCAACCACAGAUAAGGAUGAACUUUAUCUCAAUUUGGUUCUUGAAUAUGUGCCAGAAACUGCUUAUCGUGUAACAAGGCAUUACAGCAAGGCGAACCAGAGGAUGCCUAUGAUAUAUGUCAAACUAUACACAUAUCAGAUAUUUAGAGCUCUGGCAUAUAUUCAUGCAAUAGGUGUUUGUCACCGAGACAUUAAGCCACAAAAUCUUCUGGUUAAUCCGCAUACUCACCAGCUCAAAUUCUGUGACUUCGGAAGUGCAAAAGUUCUGGUCAAAGGGGAACCAAAUAUAUCGUACAUCUGUUCUAGAUAUUACCGUGCACCUGAGCUCAUAUUUGGUGCAACUGAAUACACGACUGCAAUUGAUAUAUGGUCAGUUGGUUGUGUCCUGGCAGAAUUUCUUCUUGGGCAGCCUAUUUUCCCAGGUGAGAGUGGAGUUGACCAACUCGUAGAAAUCAUCAAGGUCCUGGGUACCCCGACUCGUGAAGAAAUUAAGUGUAUGAAUCCAAACUACACUGAGUUUAAAUUCCCACAAAUCAAAGCACACCCCUGGCACAAAAUCUUUCACAAGCGGAUGCCGCCGGAAGCUGUAGAUCUUGUUUCAAGACUCCUACAAUAUUCUCCGAACCUUAGGUGCACAGCUCUGGAGGCUUGCAUUCAUCCCUUCUUUGACGAGCUUCGUGAUCCAAACACCCGUCUUCCAAACGGCCGCCCACUGCCGCCCCUCUUCAAUUUCAAGUCUCAAGAGUUGAAAGGCGCGUCUGCGGAACUACUGGCUAAGUUGAUACCAGAGCAUGCUCGGAAGCAAUGUCCCUCACUUGGCCUUUAGGUUGUAACAUUGUUGUUGAUGUCAAAUGUUGUGGUGACAUGUUUAGAUCUUAAAAUAUUUGUGGCUAUUUUCUUAGAAACUUAACUGGUUUGACUCUUGCUGAUUGUUUAAAAACUUGUUGGGUUGGUUUCUACAGGCACUUUGCACCGACAUUAUGUGGUGGUGCUGAGUAAUAUAUGCCUCUGUAGGCUUUAUAUGGUAUUGUUGUCUAAUAUAUGUAACAAGAAGCUAUUAUGGUUGAUUUCA